AUGGCCAUGUCCCAGGGAUCAUUGACCUUCAGAGACGUGUUUGUGGACUUCACCUUGGAGGAGUGGCAGCAACUGGACUUUUCUCAGAAGAACCUCUACAGGGAUGUCAUGCUGGAGAACUACGGCCACCUGGUUUCUGUGGGAUACCUGGUGGAUACACCGGAUGUGAUCUUCAGGUUCGGACAAGGAGAAGAGGCCAGGAGGGAAGAUGGAGAACCCAUAAUACAGAGCUGUCCAGGUGAGCCUGAGCCAGCCAAAUUCUGGCAAGUUGAUGACCAGAAAGAUAAUCACAAGGAAAGCCAAGAUAAAUCACUGUGGCAAGCUAUAUUUAUACACCAGGAAACACUGAAGGAUGCGAGUGACCAAGAAAUAAGAACAUGCACAAAAAAUAUUUAUCCCAGCACAGACUUUGUUUCUAUAAGACAAAGACUCCUUAAACAUUAUUCAUGGGAAAGAUGUUCAAAACAUAAUUUUAACAUUCUUAGUCAAAAUAGAAGCUAUGGAAAAAAGAAAGAUGAAUAUCAGGCAUAUUGGAAAUUAUGCUUCCAUUCUAAUCUUGAUAAAGUUCAACCUGGAGAGAAAAUCUUUGAACGUAAACACCAUGGAAAAGCCUUCCACCAUAAGCAAGCCCUUAAAACUCAGAGAAUUCAAACUGGGGAGAAACUCUAUGAAUGUUCUGACUGUGGAAAAGCAUUUAUCCAGAAAGGAAACCUUGCUGUACAUCAAAGAAUUCACACUGGAGAGAAACCUUAUGAAUGCUGUGAAUGUGCAAAAGCCUUCAGCCAGAAGUCAACCCUCAUUGCACACCAGAGAACUCAUACAGGAGAGAAGCCCUAUGAAUGCAAUGAAUGUGGGAAAACCUUUAUCCAGAAGUCAACCCUCAUUGCACACCAGAGAACUCAUACAGGAGAGAAACCAUUUGUAUGUGGUGAAUGUGCAAAAACUUUUAAGAGUUCAUAUCACCUUAUUAGACAUGAAAAAACACACAUUAGACAAGCAUUUUAUGAAGUUAUCAAAUGUGAUAAGUCAAGCCUUAUGCAUCAGAGGACUCAGAUGGGUGAGAAAUCUGAAUACAAUAAACAUAGGAAAACCUUUUAUGAGAAACCCACCCCCAUUAAACAUCAGAAAAUGCAUACAAAAGAGGAAAGUUAUGAGUGCAACAAAUGUGGAAAAAGCUUCAGGGGGAAGUCAGACCUCUCUGUUCAUCAGAGAAUUCACACAGGAGAAAAACCCUAUGAAUGUGGCAUAUGUGGGAAGAAUUUCAGUGGAAAAUCACACCUCCCUGUCCAUCAUAGAACUCAUACAGGAGAGAGACCUCAUGAAUGCAGAAGAUGUGGGAAAGCCUUUGGUGAGAAAUCAACCCUUAUUGUACAUCAAAGAACUCAUACAGGAGAAAAACCCUAUAAAUGCAAUGAAUGUGGGAAAGCCUUCACUGAAAAGUCACCACUGAUUAAACACCAGAGAAUUCAUACAGGAGAGAGACCCUAUGAAUGCAGUGACUGUGGGAAAGCCUUUAGUAGGAAGUCUACUCUCAUUAAACAUCACAGAAUUCAUACAGGGGAAAAACCCUAUGAGUGUAGCAAAUGUGGGAAAGCUUUCCGUGUGAAAUCAACUCUCAUUGUACAUCAUAGAACUCAUACAGGAGAGAAACCCUAUGAAUGCAAAGAAUGUGGCAAAGCCUUCAGUGGGAAGUCAACUCUCAUUAAACAUCAGAGAAGUCAUUCAGGAGAUAAAAUCUCUUAAUAUACUUAAAAGUGUGGUUACAUCAGUAGCAGUUAUACUCCAUUGUAUAUCAAUUCAUCCUCGGAAGUAACUCUUAAA